AUGGAUAACGUUAAAUCUACAUCACUAGCCCUCAAGAAUGUCGUGGAGAAACAAAAGCACAACGCGGACAUCGAGGAUUCUCUCGCGCAACUCUCCUCCAUCACAACUCUUCUCGAAUUCUCCAAUACGCCGCCAAAGUCCUUCCAGAGACUUUCUCAUCUCCUUCGGAACCGCCUCAUGGCACUCUACCUAAUCCAGUUUGCACUCACACUUCAGUUUUCAACGUCAAUUCUCUUGGUCGUACGCGAUGUUAAAAUUAAAGCAGCUGAAGAAGCAGGGGAUGAAAAAAUGAAGCAAUCAUGGGAACUCGUCUUGAUCUCCCUCCUUUCGGGGAUUCUGGAUUACCUUGAGUGCAACGCGGUCAAUGGGGAUCGAAUCGUCGCUGGUGACACUUUAUAUCCUGUUCUAUGCCGUCUAUACUUUUCACGACCAUCAACGGAGAUUUCUGAAAUCAGCAGUGUUCUUUUAUCAACGUCAUAUCUGAACAGUCGAACAGUCGAAAGCUCCGCCAAGAUUGUCUUUUGGGCGGAUUUUCUCGCAAUAGAGGCUCUUCUGGAGCUUUUUGCCAACCUGCUUCCUUCAACAAAGCCAAAGGGCGGACAAGAAAAGCGUUCUCAGUUCAUCAGCGAGGUCCUCAACCCAUCCUUCUGCGCCUGUAGCGAGGUGGUGGUGGAAAUUCUUACUUCGCUGUCGACAUCUGAAUGGGACGCGGUCUCUCUGAGAAUCAUAGACGCACUCGGGAGGUCUGAUAUCACAUUCCCCCAGCCAUUUGAUGUUUCGCUACUUACUAUAAGUGCCGUGACAAAAACGAUUGACCGUCUAUACGUUGACAACCAGGGACUACUUGCUAGUCUUGAAGAAAUCGCCGUCCAUCGGAUAAGCCAAAAACUGUCCAAAGCAGAACUUCAGAUAGAGUUCGAUCUAGACAAAGCUCUUCCAAGACCAACUCAGGAAAAGGUCGAGAGUAUCGCGAAACGUGAAUCUGCUAUGAGAGUCAUUCCUCAUGUUUGUACUGAUGCAUUACCAGUUUGGGAUCGGGAAAUAUCUCCUAGUCAAGUUGGCCAAAUUGAACCAACGUCCCCAUUAGUCUCUCGCCUCCUUUCGCCAGCCCCGUUAGGUCCAGAAGAAUAUUCCGGUAUAUCAAUGCCGGCACAUACCACCGUCUUUCUCGACCGACAUGGAAACCUCUCCUUCAAUCCAGUUCCCGUCGAAGAGAGCACUGAACCCUCGAUGAUACCAUCCAGAAAACAGGCCAUAAGCCCCGCUGAGAAGAGCUCUUCUAGGGCGUCGCCGAAGCGGCCCAUUAGCAUCGUCUCCCCUGAACAUGAAGGGGCAGAUCAGACGCCAUUCAGGAGGGCCCGACUCAUGAAUAAGCGUGCCGUCUUGUCGGACGACGAAAGUGUGGUCGAUAAUCCCAUUGGUUAUAGAAAAAUAGCGCCCCAAGUUAACUCUGAUUUGUCCGCAACGGUCCCGGAUCGAGAGGAUCCGACUGCUUUGAAUCGAAACCCCGCAAAGGGUAAAGAGUUGGACUUGUUACCCACCUUUGCUAACCCUGCGUCAAAAAUGACUGCGGAGAAUAACUGCACUUCGGCGCAAGGUACUGGCAAGAUCUUGAUUACUCUGAAGGUCCAAGAUAAGGUUGAACCUCUUGACAAACAGCUUGUCGAAGAACGCCCCAUGAAACGGAAUCGACAAAACAUUCCUCCGUUGGGCAAGAUUCCGCCAUCACCCUCUGUCGCGAGUCGAGCAAAAAGGUACGGUAAAAGGGCUCGAGCUUCCCCCGUGCCUGCGGCUCCGCGAGAGGAUCUCGACGAGCCUCCCAAGCUUGCUGCGCACCAAAAGAUCAAGACCACAGCUGCGGCUGAAGUACCAAUUCGAAAGAUUAUCAUGAAAGGAAAAGAUGGAAAAUCGAAUGUGAAGAGUGUUCCGGCCAAAGGCAAUGCGAAGUUGAAGGAGAAGAAACCAUUUACAGACAAGGGAAUUGUCAUCAAGGCGGAGCCGGUCGUUGAUUCGUUGGAUGUGCCAUUCUCGCUGAGGACCUCUCCGAACAACACCACUGGUGUUCUCGAUCCAAAGCCAACUCGCCGUUCGGUGAGGGUCGCAAGUGCUUUGGACCGUUCAGCAACAUCAAAUAUUCCCGUAGUUGCCGAGGUCGAGACGAGGAUGAAAUCUUCCAAGGCACCCUGGGAAAAGGUCGAUUUUACUCGUAAGACAAAGGAGAAUUUCAAACCUUCCCCAACGGAGUCCCGUCAAGAUUACGAAGUCCAACAAUCAGACGAACCCCAUUCAAAGAGAUUCCACCUCAACGUGAACUCCGGCACGGAGAGAGCGUCCCUUAUAGAGAGCAGGGCCUCCGACCCAGCCUCCAUCUCAUCUGAACGCUUUGACGAUAUUCAAAAGCCCAAGCAUAUUGAGUAUUCGGUACCGACCAAGGGCGGCUCUGCCGAUGAGCAUCCCAAGUUGUCGAAAAAAGACGUUGUCAUGAUUGACUUGACGCAGGGCGUGACACCUGAGAGAAAGCAGAGCUCGUCCGAGUCUUCAAAGGAUUCGAACAUGAUUCUUUCACCACUCCGUCCCCACAAGUUUGAGAGGAUGCCCACUUUAGGCUUCGAUUUAACCUUACCAAAGCCAGUGACCCAUCAACCAAAGGUGGGGCUCGGGGGCAUCAAGCAAACUAGCGUCGAAACAGAGUGGCACGCAUACCGUCAAACUGUUGAUAACACAUCACCCGCCGAGAAGCUAUUUGGAAAACAAACGUACUCCAAAGGUCCUACAGAUGCCAUUGUCAAGGUGACAGCUUUUCCAAGUUCGUGCUUAUUCCGUGGAUCUAAAAAAGAGUAG